GGUAAUUUGUUUGCUAAAUAAUAAUUUUAGAUAAUUUCAAAAUAAGUUUAUAAAUUUAAAAUUAUUUUAGAUGGCUGUUUUGUGUUAAAUUAGAGUUAUUAAUUAAUCCAUCGUUGGUGUAAUUAUUCAUCUUGUUUGUCUACUAGUACGAAAUUUCACUCAAUUUAGCAGUAAUAAUUCGUUUAUUUUCACAAAAAUGACGUCUGGAAAAGAAGCUGUUGGGGAACAGCCUAUAUUUACGUGUAAGGCUCAUGUAUUUCAUAUCGAUCCGAAAACUAAAAGAUCGUGGUUACCGGCGUCUACAGCUUCGAUAAAUGUGUCAUUUUUCUACGACUCAACCCGUAGUUUGUAUCGUAUCAUCAGUGUAGAAGGAACCAAGGCGAUCAUAAAUAGUACCGUUACACCAAAUAUGACUUUUACUAAAACAUCGCAAAAAUUUGGUCAAUGGUCAGAUCUUAGAGCUAACACAAUUUACGGACUCGGAUUCAAUUCGGAGUUCGAACUGAACAAGUUCAUUGAGAAAUUCCAAGAAGUAAAAGAAGCCACUCGUAUUGCCGCUAAUGCCGCUACCAGCAAUGGAACUGCCACAUCUAGUUCAGGAGGCGCCGUAAAUAAUGCCAAUGCUAGCCCCGUUACCUCUCGAUCCGUGACGUUUUCCGAUCCAGGACUUAUAGAUCCGCCAAACAUGCAGCCAACAACGCCAGGUACCACUCCACCAAGCACUACGAUUCCAGAAGAUGCUACAGAUGGGAGUAAAAUUCCACAUCAAAGAAAUACUUCGCUCUCUGCUACUCAGGUUGAAAGUCCCAAACAUCAUGCCACAAAUGAACAUAAACAAUCUCAGUCUCCAGCACAAAACCAGAAUACUUUAGUUACCACUAUCGCAAAUACUGAUUCUCAAUUAAAAUACGAAAACGAUCGUUUGAAAUUGGCAUUAGCUCAUAGUUCUGCUAACGCCAAAAAAUGGGAAAUUGAGCUUCAAACAUUGAAAAAUAAUAAUCUCAGGCUAACAAGCGCUUUACAGGAAAGUACUGCCAAUGUGGACGAAUGGAAACGUCAAUUGCAAUCGUAUAAAGAAGAAAACCAACGAUUAAAAAAUAGAUAUAUUGAAUUGGAAGCCACCAAAGGUGGUACCGAAGGAGCAGUUGAAUUACGGAAAGAAUUGGCCAUGUUACGCCUCAGAGUCGAAACUUUGGAAAUCGAGUUGAAAACAAAAGACGAAGAUAUUAAAAAAUUAACUGGCCCAAAAACACCUCACGAAGAACGAUGCAAAAUUUUGAUGCAAGAAAAUGCAGAACUACAAGCUGGUAUCAGUUUGGCACAAACUCAAUUGGAAACAGCUCUGGCAGCUCAAGAAACGCAAAGAAGAGUGAUUGACACGUUAAACGCUCAGUUGGCAGCUCGUAUUCAAGAAUUAGUUGGAAUUCAUAAAGAAAUCACGAUGGCACUGCAGACAUGAGGUCAUCGACAGCCGGAAUGGCUUUAAAUAAUUUUCAGUAUUUACGUUGUGUAUAUUGGUCUGCGGAUGUUAUGCGAACGCAGCUUAUAAUCCGUACUGUAAAUUCUUAUCUUCCAAAGUUAGAGGCGAAGUUAACGCAAGAUUCGAAAAGUGAAACCCCGAUGAAAUUUGUGCAUUUUUUUAUUCCGUGUGUAGAUUAAAGCAAUACGCUCUUUGGAUUAAUUUUAAAAUUACAUACCGCAUGUCAUAUUUCAUUUUACCGAAUCUACGUAUUAUUUUUUUUCUGCGUUUCUUACGAACAAAUUUUUACGCUUAAUUAUUUUUAUUUGGUUAAUUUGGUCUCGAAAUUACUCAUUUUUACGCUUGCUUGAAAGUAUGUAUUAGCUUUUUUUCUUUUUUCAUAUUUCUUCAUAGAACUUCGCCUGUUUUAUUUGGUAAAAUAUGUAUCGUACUGCCCAAUUUGACUGAAUUUCGUGUGAAAAAAAAUCUGCUAAACAUUUAGGUUGAAUGUUGAUAUUCCCUUUACAAAGAUAGAGGCAUUGGUAAUGUCGUGUUUUUAUAAUCUGUGAUGGUGUAACGUGUAACAUUAUUCUCUUAAUUUUUCAUUCGCUGGUGACGAUUUAUAUUUUAUUAUUUUUCCCCCGUUAUCAUGUGAUAUAUUCAACGAAUUAAUUGUUAAGAAAUUUGCAUUUAUUAGAUCUUCAUUUCUUAAGAAUUACGAAUUACAAACAAAACUUGGCGUUAUUUCGUUCGUAUGAAAAUUUCAUCAAAAUUAUCUGUUUACUGAUGACGUUACGUGUAGUAAUAUUGUAUUUUUUUGUUCAGCUCAUGCUCGACUAAAGAAAAUUUAAUGGUAGAAAAAUUUUCAUUUAUACAAAAUAACCGCACAAAAGUGUAUUUGUAGGUCUUCCAGUUAAUUUGUCGAAUUUCACUUGUUAUGAUUCUUUGAAAUACUUUUUUAUAUAAGAAAAAAAAAAUUAGAAUAGAAUGUUGUUUAUAUCUAAGUUAAUUUUACCAUCUUUUCGCACAUUCGAUAUGUUACAUGAGUUGGAUUGAACUUCAGGCAGCUUUUUAAAACGCACACCGAUCGAAAUACUUAAAUACUCAGAGAUUCAAAUCCAAAUGAUGUGUUGAACUAGUCAAUGCCAGUAUUUUAUGCUUAACUUUCUUAUACUUAGCUUUUGCGUAUACCAUGGGGCAGCAUUGGUUGUUUUUUGUAGCAUCAAUAGGCUCGUCGUAAUUACGUAAAACAUUAAUAUAUAGUUUUUUUUUACAUUAUUUUAAAGCAAAACGGUUGUACAUUUUAUUUUUUUUUAUACUCAAUUUUUUUCAUUAGCUUUUACAAUUUUAAAAUGCUAAAUAUGGCCACUAAUACGUAAUUUUUCUAUCUUAAUUCUCCGACUCUUUUCGUUACCUUUUUUUUUUUGUUUUUUAUACUUUUUCUUACAAUUGAUUUGUUUUUUGAUUUUAUUUAUUCAACAUCACAACUUCAUUCUUGCAUUUAAUUUUUUUGCCUUUUCUUUUCUAAUAACCGUAGCAGCUAAGUGUAAUUUUUAAAGAAUUUUAUAUACAGUAACACGCUUGUAGUUGAUAAGUGAUUUUUUCUUGCCAUAUUUGUAGUUAUUAUUUGUAAUUUAAACGGAUACGUGUAGUUUUUGUUAACAGCUUGUAUUAACUAUUUUUUUUCUAUCUAAUUUUGUUUUUCGAUACUUGAAUAUUUACGCGCUAGAAAAAUGAAGUCUUACGUUGCUUUAGGUGCUUGUAUUUUUCUACGCGAAUAAAACAUGGCGUGUGAGAAA